AUGGACGUGUUAGAAGAAACCACCGAUCCAAAGCCAGUUACACAUCAAUCAGACAAUGCAUUAGUAUUUCGUGCAACAAUAACAAGUAUAAUGAAAAAUAUCUGCGAGUCUGUGAGUGAGGAAGAAUUUUCAAAAUGUCUCACGUACUUGAGCUCAAAACCUGCGAUAGUAGGAAAAUUACACAAAAUUCUGAUGAAAGACAUGUAUGAGAGUAUGGAGACAGAGUUGGAAGAAAUUUUAUCAGAUUUAAACCUAGCCAGUGGACUUGGGAAAUUGAAGGAGUUAACUGCAGAAACAACACGUCGUCCGGAUGAAAUAGCAUGGAGACCGCCUGGAAACGUUAAAGAGCAUUUAAGAACUCUUGAUGCAAUGAAAAUUAUAGCAGAAAGCAAGAAACUGGAAGAGAUAUUGAGUAAUUUAGAAGCUGAGAAUACUUUACUACGUGAACGAGUUAAAGAAAAAAGAAGCUUAGCUCAUAAAGUUGAAGACCGAGUGACUCGAGCAUUUAAGUCCGGUUCUCUUUCACUUUCACAUAUGGAAAAAACAUCUGAAUCUAUGCAAAAUUAUUUAAAAAUACUUGGGAAUGAUUAA